AUGGAACAAAGAGUCCAACAUGAAGUAGAAGACAACACAGUUGUUUUAAGAUGGUCUAGCAAUCUCAACUUAUCAAAGGAAAUAGCUUAUCAUCAGAACCCUGCCUACAGUUGUUUCACCUUUGGCAAAGUAGAUUUGACAUAUACUAUAGAAGAGUAUCGAGCUCUUAUUUGCUGUCCGAGAUCAUAUGAAGACAGGGUAUAUAUCAAACCACCUAAUACUGCUUCUUUUAAGAAAAAAGUGCUCUUAUUAACCGGAAUGAGUAGAGAGUGGGCUACAAGAGACAUAAAAAAGAAGGGUGAUAGUGAAUGUAUCACUUGGACUUCUUUGAAAGAAGUGAUCUACCGCCAUCCAGAAAAAAGAAAGAUGAUUGAUAUGUUGGCUUUAGGUAUAUAUGGAUUAGACAUUUUUCCAAAGAUCCUGAGGCAUGUAGAUAUAUCGACUGUAGACCUGUUUGAAAGAUUGAACAAGAAUGCAUAUCCGGCUCCUGCUAUAUUAGCCGAAACAUUUCAUUCCUUGAAUUCCUGCAGACAUGAAGGAGAGGGACGUUUUAUAGGUUGUGCACCUGUGUUGUUGGUAUGGAUUCUGAAUCAUUUUAAGCACGAGGAAAGAACACCUGGUCGAGUAGUUUUGGAAGAUUUUUCAACUCUACAAGAUUUCCUUUCUCGAAAAUGGACCGGAGGAUAUGCACAUCUGAUGGUUUCCAGACAAUAUGAAUCAAGACAAUUUAUUCCUGGGACAUCGGGUUUAUCUAAAUCAGAGUUUGCAUUUAGAAGUGAUCAGUACAAGGAAAAGAUCAGAAAGGUUGAUGAGGUUUGGAAAUGGAUUCAUCGAGUAAAUUUAUUCACUUUUAGUCAAAAGCUUUCACAAGAAUACGAGCAAUGGAGAGUUAGCCGAGUUAACGACAACAUUCCAAUGGUUAAUUUCGAGAAUGUUCAACCUAUCAAAGAACAUUUGAGAAUUAUACCAUCUUCAUUAGAAUUAUCAAAGCAAGACUUUGAGAUUGAAAGAAAGCAAUUAAAAAUAACACUGCAAAAGCUGGAAGAGGAAUCGUACCAUAAAGAAAUCGAAAUAGACACCCAUAAAGGACGAGCAGAUCAAGUUAGCAAGGUUGAAAAAUAG